AACUCUGUUCUGCGCAUUCCCCUAACUGCCUUCACAACGUCAUUCGUCACAAACACUAUUAUAUGCUGCAGUUACAAUAAAGAUAGAUGUGCUGCAAUUCCACUACAGUGCGCGAAAUUUCAUUUUUCAUUUUACACUCUUUCCUAUCUCACAGCUGAUUGCCUGAAUCAAAGGACUCGGUAGAGUCAUUAUUAUAUACCCAGCAGUUUUAGAAGAUUCAAAGCUCGAUUCAGAGGCUAUGAGCAUCAUCAAGCGUAGGGAAUAUUUUAUUCCUUAUUAAAUACUUGCGGUUCGACAGGAGAUGACGUAUAGACUAAAAUCAUGUAUUUAUAUUAUACUUUGCAAUUAUAAUACAUGAGUGACAUACAAACGUACUUUGAUUGUGUUGAACAAUAAGUUGAUCGAUGGAUUGGAGUACAGAAAAUUUAAUAAGGGAGAUAAGAUUACUCGUUGGAAUUAUUUUGAAUAGUGAAUCUUCAUUGAAUCAUAAAUUGAUGGGAGCAUCCAGUGUUCGAAACAUAAAUAAAACUGAAUGAUGAUUGAGUCAUGACUUUUGUCUAACCUAUAAAAUCUUUGUGCUUGUGAACCAUUGAUAUACUGUAUCAGUGUUGUGAACUUGAAGUUGUCAUUCGACGAUUCAUAUUCAUUAUUGCAAGAUCUUGGGGAAAAUGGCUUGUGAGAGUUGCUCAAUGAAGUUCAAUCUAUUCAAAAGAAAAGUAAAAACAAUGCAUGGACUGCUUACGGUAUUACUGUACAAAUUGUUUGACGAGAUGUGGGGACAGGAGAUUGAACUGUGAUAAAUGCUGCAUCUUAGGUCAAAGACCACUCAUAAGAAGUACCUUACUGGAAAUGCGUUCCAAAGAUUUGCAGCAUUAUUUAAAUGCAAAGAAAAUAUCAACUCGUGGCUGCGUUGAAAAAGAAGAUCUAGUGAAUCUAGUCAUUCUACAUGCAAAUGCUACUAGUAGUAAUCAAAGGACUGGCUCAAGCUUUGAAGAUGGCCCAUUCAUGAAUGCAUUUCGUGGAUUCACCUCUAAUAUAUUUAAUACUUCAACUUCUAAUGUGCCAAAUUGGAAUAGGUCAGAAAGCAGAAGAACAGAUACUCCUCCUAGAGACAGAGCUCCAGAUGGACCUCGAGAUUAUCCAAGACAGCCACAGAGAAGCAACGAAUCUAAUAUAAGCAGUUCCGCCGAUCAUUCCAAUUCUACGCCAAAUUCAAGAUCUCGAAGCCGAUCUAAUAGCAAUGACAGACAAGCCCGACUGAAUGCACAAACCGUAAACGCGGAGCCAACUCCCAUUGCAAGUUCCCCAGAAACGGAAAGAGCCUCAUCUUUUACUGAAUCUCCUCACAACAUUGAAAUUGAAGAGGUAUCUGACAGUGAUUGCAGCCAACCUCCAGGCCCUGAACCUUUGGUCACCGAACAAGACGAAAAUACUUCAGCUGAUGCAGAAAAGCAUUCAGUGAUAGUUACGGAACUACUCAGCCAUACUGGAACAGUGAAAUUAUCUGACAUCGACAAUAUAGCUGGACUUCAGGCUUUGAAUGUAAAACAACUGAAAGACUUACUCAGCAUUAACAGAGUGAACUUUAAAGGCUGCGUGGAACGAAGUGAACUGUUAGACCGAGCUUCACGGUUAUGGCAACAGCAUGCUAAAUCCAGAGAAGAUCUGGAGAAAUUGGGGCUAGAUGAUCUUUGCAAAAUCUGCAUGGAUGCGCCAGUGGAAUGUGUGAUGCUAGAAUGUGGUCAUAUGGCGACAUGUACUACCUGUGGAAAACAGCUUUCAGAGUGUCCAAUUUGCAGGCAAUAUGUGGUCCGCGUCGUGCGAACAUUUAGAGCCUGAGAUAACGGAAACUGUACAAUUACUAAGCGAUGAAAAUUCCUUAUUCUUACACCGGCAUCAUAUUCUAUGUGAUCGAUGUUGCAUAUCUACAUGAAUAGGCAUUAGUACAAAUAAGUCAAUGUUAUGUAUGUGAUUUAAGUAUAGGAUUAACCUGUGGAUGAAGGAUUAUUUCAGCAGUUGUAUUCCGUUCCUUCUACCUGACGGACGUUCAAUAAAGCUUAGCGUUAUUUCUAAA